AUGGCGGACUCCUACAACUUCUACGAUUUCCUUAGCCACACCUCUCCCUCCUCCAAGCCAGCUCUGAAGCACUCCGCCGCCGCCGCCGCCGGCCACCACGGCCACCACGGCCACCACCACCACCCCAAGCAGCCGAAGCACCAGCACCCCCUCAUCUACCCCGCUCCUCCUCCUCCUCCGCCCCCGCCGCCUCAGCCUCCCUCCCCGCCUUCCCAGCAGCAGAGGGUCUUCUCCUGCCUCUACUGCUCGCGCAAGUUCGUCACCUCCCAGGCCCUGGGGGGCCACCAGAACGCCCACAAGAGGGAGCGCGCCGCCGCCCGCGGCCACCACCAGCUCCUCGUCGACGUCGUGCCGGUCCGCGCAAUGCCGCCGCCGCCGGCGCUGCUUCCGGCGACUGCUCCGCCCGGGUGGCUCGACCCACUCCAGGCCGUCCCCGGCCACCGCCCGGUCCUUCACGGGUCCGCCAGAGAAGUUGCAGGGCUCUGUGGGAACGAGCCCCCCCCUGGGCAUCUUCAAGUGCUUUUAUCGAACAUUAAAAUCAUGGAAAUGGCUCCAACACCUCCUUUUGCCUUGAAACUUUCUUUGGGUUAA